GUACGUGACCACUCAGUCUCGCCACGUUGUCAGCCCGCCAUUUUCUGCUUCAUUGUUUAUGACACUUCCACGGCCGGUACGUCAAAUUUUCAGCGACUAAAACAUUCCUUGUUAAGUUAACACAUGCUAUGGAGAUCAGAAGGGAGAUCAUUGAACUACAGGAUAGAGGAGUGACACUUGGUAAUGAAGGUAAUUUUGGUGAGGCGGCUAAAGUUCUAGAACAAGUCAAACAAAUGGCAGAAGAGAAUUUAGACAUAAAAGACGAACUGAGACUGGGAGUUCUUGGUUAUCUGGGGAAGAUAUACAUUGGUAAUGGAGACUAUAUGAAAGCACAAGCUCUUCUUGAAGACAUUCUAUCAGUUCAGAGACAAGAGACACCUAAUGUCUUAUUAGCUGACACCUUGUAUGAUCUGGGUAGAUGUUACUGUUAUCAAGGCAAAUCCAUGGAUGCCAUACGAUUGCUGGAGGAGAGCUUGUCAAUAUAUCAGAAAUACGUCUCACCUAAUGAUAUUCGUGUGACAAAUACUAUGACCAUGCUUGGUACAUGCUUUAUGGAUCAAGGGAACCUUUCUGAUGCUGAAAGAAUAUUGAGAGAGUCUCUGGAGAUCAUAAAAUCUGCUCGACCAGAAAAUCCUGUUGCUAUUGUUGAUGGUCAGUUCCCACUUGCUCGGUGUCUGUACCAACGAGGUAAACAAAGUGAAUCUAUUGAACUGACGAAGGAGUGUGUCAGGAUUUUGAAAUCACAUUUCCAUCCAAAGCAUUUCCGUGUGGCUACAGGUUAGUUUCUUGUCUUUGUUUUGAUAUCAACUUUAUGUGAAUUGUGAGCUUGACAUGCUGAUUAUGAUAAUGCCACAUGUUGUAUACUGCAGUAUAAAUC